GAAGUCGAUACGUGGCCGCCGCCUGUCCCCGCCGAGGAGGCGCUGCGAGCGGAGAUGGCGGCGCAGCUGAACGUAGAGCAGCUCGAGGUGUCGCUCGACGGCCUCACGCUGAGCCCGGACUCGGAGGAGCGGCCCGGCGCGGAGGGCGCCCCGCUGCUGCCGUCGCCGUCCUCGUCCCCCGGGGCUGGACGGGGCCCGGGCGCCGCGGGGCAGCAGCCGGAGCCCGGGGAGGCGGCGGCCGAGGGCGCGGCCGAGGAGGCGCGGCGGAUGGAGCAGCACUGGGGCUUCGGCCUGGAGGAGCUGUACGGCCUGGCGCUGCGCUUCUUCAAAAUAAAAGGUGGAAAAGCUUUUCAUCCAACUUAUGAAGAAAAACUGAAGUUUGUGGCACUGCAUAAGCAGGUUCUCUUGGGCCCAUAUAACCCAGACACUUGCCCUGAAGUUGGAUUCUUUGAUGUAUUGGGGAAUGAUAGGAGGAGAGAAUGGGCAGCCCUGGGAAACAUGUCCAAAGAGGAUGCCAUGGUAGAGUUUGUGAAGCUUCUAAAUAGGUGUUGUCCUCUCCUUUCAGCAUAUGUUGCCUCCCACAGAAUAGAGAAGGAAGAAGAAGAAAAAAGAAGGAAGGCGGAGGAAGAGCGAAGGCAGCGUGAAGAGGAAGAGCGAGAGCGUCUGCAAAAGGAAGAAGAGAAGCGGAAGCGUGAGGAGGAGGAAAGGCUUCGACGGGAGGAAGAAGAGAGGAGGCGAAUAGAAGAAGAGAGGCUUCGGCUGGAGCAGCAAAAGCAGCAGAUAAUGGCAGCUUUAAACUCGCAGACUGCCGUGCAGUUCCAGCAGUAUGCAGCCCAGCAGUACCCAGGGAACUACGAACAGCAGCAGAUCCUCAUCCGCCAGCUGCAGGAGCAGCACUAUCAGCAGUACAUGCAACAGUUGUACCAAGUUCAGCUUGCACAGCAGCAGGCAGCAUUACAGAAGCAACAAGAAGUAGCAGUGACUGGGGCCUCAUUGCCUACAUCAUCAAAAGUGAAUGCAACUGGAGCAAGUGACAUGAUGUCAGUUAAUGGACAGGCCAAAACCCACACUGUCAAUUCUGAAAAAGAAACUGAGCCAGAAGUGGCAGAAGAAGCCUUGGAAAAUGGACCAAAAGAAUCUCUUCCAGUGAUUGCAGCUCCAUCCAUGUGGACAAGACCACAGAUCAAAGACUUUAAAGAAAAGAUUCGGCAGGAUGCAGAUUCUGUGAUCACAGUACGACGAGGAGAAGUAGUCACCGUUAGAGUCCCCACUCAUGAAGAAGGAUCAUACCUCUUCUGGGAAUUUGCUACAGACAGUUAUGACAUUGGGUUUGGGGUUUAUUUUGAGUGGACAGACUCUCCAAAUGCUGCUGUCAGCGUGCAUGUCAGCGAGUCCAGUGACGACGAUGAAGAGGAGGAAGAAAAUGUCACUUGUGAAGAGAAAGCCAAAAAGAAUGCCAACAAGCCUCUGUUGGAUGAGAUUGUGCCUGUGUACCGGCGGGACUGUCAUGAGGAAGUGUAUGCAGGCAGCCACCAGUAUCCAGGGAGGGGAGUCUAUCUCCUCAAGUUUGAUAACUCCUACUCCUUGUGGAGGUCCAAGUCAGUCUACUACAGAGUCUAUUACACUAGAUAAAGCUGAUGUUACAGAGCCUGGAGUCUUAAGACUGGACAGAAGAUGACAUUAAUUUCUUUUGACUUUGGUGGCGCAUUGGAGUCAGUGUUUACCUUCUUGAUUUUGUUCUGAUGGCUUGUGAACUCUUUCUGGGAACCAGGAUUGUCUGAGACUCUAGCAUUGAUGCUCUGAGGUUAAAAACAGUUCGGAAGACUCGUCUAGCCCAUGGGUGCUGACCAGCAGAGCCACUAGUGGAUACUGGAGUUACGUGAGCUACGUGCUAGAUACUCAGCCUCCAAAAUAAACAUCCCAGGGUCAACCCAACCUGGCUGGUGUUAGUCCAUUGCUGUCUGCUCCGCGUUCUCCCAGAGCCCACAGGUACAGCACUAUUAGGAAUGCUGCUGUUGUAGUCUACAUCAGCUUUGAUUGAAACUCAACAAUUUGAAACUUAAAAACUCAAGACUUCAUGGAUUAUAGUAGAAAAAGAAAUGACCUCAACUUGGUCUUACCUGAGUGACCCAGGUUGUUUUUGCUUUGGAUACAGCUAUUUAGUUAGUUAUGUUACAGAGAAUUAUUUUCUGAGAGAAUCUUAAACUUAGACUAUUCAAACUCAGUAGAUAAUUGACAUGUAAAGAUACAUAGGACAGCUAAGCACCCUUUCUACAGGUCCCUCCGACUCUCAGGCCUUUUCUUCAUUUACCAUUCACACUACUGCUAACGAAACUAGUUGGAUUUUUGUUUUGUUUUGUUUUUGAUAUAGCUUUGAAACAUCUCAAAUUGAACUUAUUUUGUGUAAAAAGCAUACAGCCAGGAGUUUUAUGAACUCAUAUUGGCACCUACUGAAUUAAAAUAUGCAAAAGCAUUUAAUGUAAUUCAGCAUUUGAGGAGUACCUUCGCACUAAUAGAAAAUCACUGCCAGGGACAGUUCAAAUUCCUUCCUAUUUAUUAUUAGGGCACAGACUCCACGAUCCCAGUUUGGAAUUACAUAUUAGAGAAAAUUGGAAAUGCACAGGCCCCUGCUUAGAUGUUACAGCUUUAAUCUGUAGUGUGUCUUGCUGAUGGGAAAAGGUACGUCUUUGGUUUUCUUAGAAAAAAAAAUCCAUAUUCAUUAUUUCUAAUCUGUAUAAGUGGUUAAGUAUACAGAGGGAGGGUGGGAUAGGUAAAUAGUGACAGAGACAGUAUAUGCCUUGUGUUAUUUUGUCACUGAAAAACUUAGAUUUAGUUUUGACAUCACAGACUGCUUCCACCAGGGAUCCCAUUGGCUAGCUACAGUGUGCACAGUUCACUACAGUCAGGCUGCAGGUGUUCGUCAGCUGCAUUUCUUUCUGCUUUUAAUACCUGGUUUUAUAGGUAUUUAAAUGUGUUCUCUUUUGGUUGUUAAGAAACUGGAUUUUUUUUUCUCCUAACCAGUGCUUAAUCUAUGUUUUUGAAUUUUGAUCCAGAAGUAGUCAAAUGUCUAUGCUGUUACAUCCAGAAUAUUCAUUAGGCUGCACCACAGCUCUUAUGUAUAUAUAGAAACCACAGAGUUAGAAUUUUUUAAUGAGAAAAAUACUGUAUUUAAAAUGUAAAAUAAACUUUUAAAAAGCAGGCACUAAUAUAUAUUUCUUUCAGCCUUUGAUUACAGUUUUGUCCUUGCACAUAUUAAGAUAAAUUGUCUUCUAGAAAUACUGUUCUUGGGAGGGAGCAGUGUAUGUCACUUUACAUAGCAGUCUAUGUCAUGCGCUCAUAUCUGAACAUUUUGGUUCUAAACUUUUUUAUCACCGUUGGCUGUUGAUUAGUACCCGUCCAAGUGCGAUUUCAAAAAGAUCGUGAAAGUAAUAUAUUUAAUCAAUUAAAAUGUUUAUCUGUAACUUGUUGAUGUUUCUCUUAAUACAGUGCCCUGAAGCUGCAUUUAGAUAGAAUAAGAAGAAAGGCCUUAGAUGGUCUUUUCUGUUUGUUUAGUUGAAGAAUACCAAACUCUUUCUGAUCAGCUAGUUUUCCCUGUGAGUUGCAAUGGACUUUCAAUGAGAAGUGUGGCUGUUCAUCCUAGAUGACCAGCUUAUAAAGUCAUUUUGCAGA